UCGAGCGCACGGCGCAGGCGGAGAAAGCUCAGUGUGGAGCAGACUGAACCUCCUCCAGCACCACUGGUACUGCUGAAAUCUCUCAGCGAGCAAGUACGAUUAAGGCCUAUCCCUGUCUCCACUUCGGACGAAUUCUACUUUAAAUCUGUGCAAGGGAUAAUAAGGAAUUUUAUUCCUCGGGGUCACUGUCUGCAGUUUGUAGCAGAGACGAAUCCCUUCUAGAGCAAGAUGUUAGAUCCGUCGUCCAGCGAAGAGGAGUCUGAUGGGAUAGUGGAGGAAGAAAGCAAAGAGAUGGCACCUCAGGCCGGGUCCCGCAUCUCUCCCAGCAGGACCAGCGAGAGCUCUGGUGGACUGGCGCCCAGUAGCAGCCGCAGCAGCGCCCGUCCAACCAGUCCGAGCCCGUCCGCAGCCAGCGAGGAGAAAGAGGACCUGGAGAAGCUGCACAGAGAGGAGGAAGAGCGCAAAAAGAAACUGCAGCUGUAUGUUUUUGUCAUGCGAUGCAUCGCAUAUCCCUUCAAUGCAAAGCAACCGACUGAUAUGGCAAGACGACAGCAGAAGAUAUCCAAGCAGCAGCUUCAGCAGACCAAGGACCGCUUCCAGGCCUUUCUCAAUGGAGAGACUCAAAUUGUAGCUGAUGAAGCAUUCAUCAAUGCGGUGCAGAGUUACUCUGAGGUGUUCCUUAAGAGUGACCGUGUUGCUAAGAUGGUGCAGAGUGGCGGUUUCUCAGCCAACGAUUUCAGAGAAGUCUUCAAGAGGCACAUUGAGAAACGAGUGCGAAGCCUCCCAGAGAUCGAUGGUCUGAGUAAGGAAACAGUCCUUAGCUCCUGGAUGGCUAAAUUUGACACCAUCUACCGCGGCGACGAGGAUCCCAGAAAGGCUCAGCAACGCAUGACCGCCAGCGCAGCUUCGGAGCUGAUCCUCAGCAAAGACCAGCUGUAUGAGAUGUUCCAAAAUAUCCUCGGCAUCAAGAAGUUUGAGCAUCAGCUACUUUACCAAGCCUGUCAGCUGGACAAUCUGGAUGAGCAGGCUGCACAGAUCAGAAGAGAGCUUGAUGGUCGUCUUCAGAUGGCAGACCAGAUUGCAAGGGGAGGAAAGUUUCCCAAAUUUGUAUCUAAAGAGAUGGAGGCAAUGUACAUCGAGGAGCUCAAGUCCUCAGUGAAUCAGCUGAUGGCCAACCUGGAGAGUAUGCCUGUGUCAAAAGGUGGAGAGUUUAAACUCCAGAAGCUGAAGCGAGGCCACAACACCUCCAUCAUUGACAUGGGCCAGGAGGAUGAGAACACUCUCUCCAAGUCUGAUGUGGUUCUUUCCUUUACUUUGGAGGUGGUGAUCAUGGAAGUGGUGGGGCUGAAGUCUCUGGCCCCAAACAGGAUUGUUUACUGCACCAUGGAGGUGGAGGGAGGAGAGAAACUCCAGACCGACCAAGCUGAGGCAUCUAAGCCAACCUGGGGAACCCAGGGAGACUUUACCACCACACACCCUUUGCCAGCUGUCAAGGUGAAACUGUUUACAGAGAGUACAGGUGUGCUGGCAUUGGAAGACAAGGAACUGGGCAGGGUUGUCCUCCACCCGACACCUAACAGCCCCAAACAGUCAGAGCUCCAUAAGAUGACUGUGACCAAGGCCUGCCCUGACCAAGAUCUCAAAAUAAAGCUGGCUAUACGCAUGGACAAACCACAGAAUAUGAAGCACUGUGGGUACCUAUGGGCAUUUGGGAAGAAUGUCUGGAAACGCUGGAAGAAACGUUUCUUUGUCCUUGUCCAGGUGAGUCAGUAUACCUUUGCAAUGUGCAGCUACAGAGAGAAGAAAUCAGAGCCACAGGAACUUCUGCAACUAGAUGGGUAUACUGUGGACUACAGUGACCCCCAGCCAGGCUUGGAUGGAGGAAGGGCUUUCUUCAACGCAGUGAAGGAGGGCGACACUGUGAUCUUUGCCAGUGAUGACGAGCAGGACCGAAUACUGUGGGUCCAAGCCAUGUAUCGUGCUACUGGCCAGUCCCACAAGCCCGUCCCACCCACUCAGGUCCAGAAACUAAACUCCAAGGGGGGUGCUUCAGCCCAAAUGGAUGCUCCCAUUUCUCAGUUCUCUGGACUCAAGGACGCUGACAGAGCUCAGAAACAUGGCAUGGAUGAGUUUAUCUCCGCUAACCCAUGUAGCUAUGACCACGCCUCGCUUUUUGAGAUGUUGCAGCGGCUUACACUGGACCACAGGCUCAAUGACACCUUCUGCUGCUUGGGAUGGUUCAGCCCGGGUCAAGUGUUUGUCCUGGAUGAAUACUGUGCAAGAAACGGAGUCCGAGGCUGUCACAGACAUCUGUGUUACCUACGUGAUCUUCUGGAGCGGGCAGAAAAUGGGGCCAUUAUCGACCCCACUCUUCUGCACUACAGCUUUGCUUUUUGUGCAUCCCAUGUCCAUGGGAACAGAGAGGGCAGCAGCUAUUGGGGACCGCUGGGCUACGAGGCCCUAGUAUCCCCACAGAGCUCCCAAAGCCCAGAUCCUCAGGCUGCUGCUAAGCGAGUGUGCAUAUUCAAGCUUAGACAAAGAAAGAAGUCCUUUCAGAGCGAAAAAAGGCCGGAUGGACUGAGCACGGUGAAAGUGGACGAGAAGGAGCGCUUUGACGACAUUAAAGAAAAGUUGCGGGUCAUUUUGGAGAACCACAUUGUAAAUUUCAGAUAUUUUUUCCCAUUCGGCCGUCCAGAGGGUGCACUGAAAGCCACACUGUCCUUGCUCGAGAGGGUUCUGAUGAAGGAUAUUGUCACUCCAGUUCCUCCUGAAGAAGUUAAAGGAGUGAUCCGCAAAUGUCUGGAGCAGGCUGCUCAGCUGAACUACCAGCGGAUCAAAGAUUAUGCUAAAAUUGAAGUUGAGAAAGGUCAAAAGGAUCAGAAGGAUCCAGAAAACGUAGGCCGCUUAGUCACGCCUGCCAAAAAGCUGGAGGAAACAAUUCGCCUGGCGGAGUUAGUCAUAGAGGUCCUCCAGCAGAACCAGGAACAUCAUGCGGAGGCGGCAGUCACAAGUUCUGGAGAUCAAUCGCAGGGAAAAGAGGCUUUUGCAUGGUGGACAGACCUUAUGGUGGAGCACGCCGAAAACUUCCUGGCCCUUUAUGCCAUUGACAUGGAUGCUGCUCUAGAGAUCCAGUCACCCGAGAGCUGGGAUAGCUUCCCUCUUUUCCAGCUUCUCAAUGACUUCCUCCGGACAGACUAUUAUCUGUGCAAUGGAAAGUUCCACAAACACCUCCAGGAUCUGUAUGCUCCUCUGGUGGUUAGAUAUGUGGAUCUGAUGGAGUCCUCCAUCGCACAGACUAUCCACAAGGGUUUUGAGAGGGAAUCCUGGGAACCUGUUAAGAGUUUAACAAGUAAUCUGCCCAAUGUGAAUCUACCAAAUGUGAACCUCCAAAUUCCCAAAGUACCAAAUCUGCCAGUGCCAGUAGCAGGACUAUCAGUUAACCUUCCACAAAUGCCUAGCUUUUCAACCCCGUCAUGGAUGGCUGCUAUAUAUGACUCUGAUAAUGGCUCCGGAACAUCAGAGGAUCUCUUUUGGAAGCUAGAUGCCCUUCAGACUUUCAUCAGAGACUUACACUGGCCGGAGGAUGAGUUCGCCAAACACCUUGAGAGCCGCAUCAAGCUCAUGUCAAGUAACAUGAUAGAGAGCUGUGUCAAGAGGACCAGGAUGGCAUUUGAGUCCAAGCUGACAAAGAGCAGUAAGUCCACGGAUUUCCGCAUUUCUCCAUCCUUAUGCACCAUGUUUAAUGUGAUGGUGGAUGCCAAGGACCAAUCAGCCAAACUGUGUGCUAUGGAGCUUGGCCAAGAGAAACAGUUUCACUCCCAGAUAGAUGAACUGAUUGAAGAGAGUGUGAAGGACAUGAUCCAGCUUCUGGUUGCAAAGUUUGUAACUAUUCUAGAGGGAGUGUUGGCUAAGAUUUCCAGAUAUGAUGAAGGGACCCUCUUUUCUUCAUUCCUGUCUUUCACGGUGAAAGCUGCCUCAAAAUAUGUGGAAGUACCUAAACCUGGGAUGGACGUUGCAGAUGGCUAUGUGACCUUUAUGCGCCACUCUCAGGACAUGCUCCGUGAAAAGGUCAAUGAGGAGGUGUAUAUAGAAAGGUUAUUUGAUCAAUGGUACACUGCCACCAUGAACCUGCUGGGGACUUGGCUUACCGAACGCAUGGAUCAGCAGCUCCAUGUCUAUCAGCUCAAGAUCCUCAUCAGAAUCACAAAGAAGAAGUACAGAGACUUCCGCCUGCAGGGUGUCCUGGACUCCACCCUGAACAGCAAGAUGUACGACACAGUGCGCAACAGGCUGACGCUGGAGGAGGCCACUGCUUCAGUGAGGGAAGGAGGCAUGCAGGGCAUCUCCAUGAAGGACAGCGAUGAGGAGGAUGAAGAGGACUAGAGUCUGUGCACUGACUCCCCAGUCGUCUGUUUGUCCAAAACCGCCCGUCUCCCCCUUUCAGCCCAUUUCCCCCCAAACUCCCCUUUCACACUUUUGACUUUAGCCUGGUUACUGAUGCAUGUACCAACUCAGAUAGCCACUCUAGGACCUCUUUGUCAGCUCGAAAUGCCUAUGAAGGAACUAUUAACUAUAAAGAUAGAAAUUAUACUGAAAAAAGUCUAAAUAAAAAAAAUGUUUAAAAAAUAACCAUAAUUGGCAGUUUAGCUGUGUCAUAAUAAAGAUAGCACCUACCUUGGUCGUCAUUCAUUUCUAAAUUCAUUUCUAUGUGUUAACUAAGCAAUAUGGAGAACCAUUUGUUUGACAAUGUUGAGUGCGAUUAAUCGGUGUGUCCCUGUCCAAUGCAAACCUAUAUGGCGCUUCUUUGUCGUAUUCUACAUUCAUUAAUGGUACAUUGUCGUGAUGAUGAGUGUGUGGACCCUUUUCUUUGUCUCGUCUGUUUUUAAGUGAAUGCCAACUGCUUGGAACUGAAAAUAAUGAAAAACGAAAAAAAAAAAAAAAAAGAAACUAUUUGUUGACGGCUGUUCCAGCUGAGCUGUCGUCCACUCACUGUUGCUACCACCGACAGUAAGUCCAGACCUGCAUUUCCUAUCAUGUGUCAACGCUACAUGGUCUCAUCUCGAUGACUAAAUUAGACGAAUCUUGAAUUUCGAGUGGGUGUUCGGGAGAUGCAAUAUCCCUAUAGAUCCAUUUUGAUAUCUUGGAAGAUUCUAUUUUUAUUUUAACAUUUUAAAAAAAAGGCCUAGAAACAGGUUCUAUUUUAAUUGAGUUGCACUUUUACAGACAAAAAGAGCAAAAAUAAUUUUUUUUAUUGGGGAAAAAAAAAAGUUGGUCUGUGUUUGUUCUGUAAUUGUGUAGACUGAGAUGUCUGGCAUUUGUUUGGGUCUCACUGUUGUUUUGUAUAUACUAUAUAAAUAUAUAUAAAUAUAAAAUGCUGUACAUUGCAUUCUGAGCCAUCGCUGCAUGCCCGUGGGUUCCUACCCCUUCCCCCCCAAACGCUUUCUGUUUUCUGUGUGAACUAGCUGAUGGAUUCAUUCUUGCUUUUUUGCCUUAUGAAAGCCAACAGUUGUAAUAUGCAAGAGCUGUGGCCUCCAAAUAAAAUAACUGUACAUGUGCA